AUGGUUAUCAGCAACAAUAAUUCACGAUACAAUAAGGUCAUGAUGGAAGAUAACAAAUGGACUGAAGUUGUUUCUAAAAAGAAGCAACACGACCCUUUUGCUGGUAUGAAGUCCAGUGUUGAUUAUGAAUUGGAAAUCGAACGUCUGAAGCAACUUGUGCCCAAGGUUCAUAACAGCACAAUAAUCGAUAAUCAUCACAAAAAGAAGUAUAUGGAAAAGAAACUCAGCCAUUUUCAUCAUCAUUCUAUUCAAUCUCAUAGCAACCAUCACUAUAAUAACCACACGACUACGCAUCUCACACCCCACACUAUGACAACGCAUGAAUUCAACAACAGCCUUUCUCGCUCUACCUCGCCUGAUACAAUCCAUUCCACUGAUUCUGAUAAUUCAUCAUUAGCUGAAAUUGUCACUGAAGAAGAAAAAUUACGUUUCUUGGCAUUUGUCCGCAGUUGGACAGGUGACUGGAGAAAGGGUCAACCACUGAUGAAUCAAUGGGCGGCAGACCAAUCUCCUUGGUAUACAGGUCCUCGUCGAGUAUCCAAGUUGGAAGAAUUCCCAACUCAUGACUUAUACUGGCAAACUUCCAAUGUACAAACAAACACUUAUUCUGUUCAACCUAUUGGAUUUGGUAGGAAAUACAAUCCUAUCUUGUAG